UUUUAAAAAGUCGUGGCAUGUUUCUCAUUUUGUGAACGAAUUAAUGUCUGUUUUAUUUUGUAUGAUAAUUUAGCGAUGUCGAACCGAAACAUAAAUGGACCCGCUUUGCCACCGACGAUAGGAAAAAGCAAAAGUGAUAUUUCGGAUGAAGAAGGCGAUAUCAUAGGUCCAGCUUUGCCUCCACUGUAUAAAGCUGUAGACUUCUCCAGUUCAUGUGAGGACAGUGAUCAAGAAGAAGUCGUGUUUAAGAGGGCCAAAUACUCAUCAUCAAGGAACCGUUCUUCUUCAAACAGCAGCAGGGGCUUCUUGGAAGAAGAGAUGGAUACAAAGCAAACUGUAAAGGAUGAUAAGGAUGAUGGUGGUUUCUUUGGUCCAGCUCUGCCACCGGGAUAUCAAAAGCAAGACAGGUCACCAGAACGGCCACUUGUACUAGGACCUGCGCUCCCUCCGGGAUUUAGAGGACAAGAUGAAGAUGAAGGUGGGGCAAAAGAUAAUACCAGAGGAUUUUUAGGGCCAGCUCUACCCCCAGGAUAUCAAAAGCAAAAGGGAUCACCUGAACGGCUAUCUGUUGUAGGAUCUGCACUCCCUCUAGACUUUAAAAGACGAGAUGACGAUGAAGAGGGAGAACAUUUUGAUGCCAGAGGAGUUUUAGGACCAGCUCUGCCGCCAGGUUAUAAGCCAGAGAUGUCAAGCAGUGAAGAGGAGGAUGAUAAUGUCAUUGGACCCAUGCCAGCAAUAGGGGCAGCCCAGGAUUCUGUGGCAUUGGACUUUGAACGAAGAGCUCAAAAGAUGAAAGACAAACUUACAGGAGUAGAUACUGGCCCAGCAGUGCUUGCCAGAGAGAGCUGGAUGACAGAGUUGCCUCCAGAGUUGCAGCAUGUGGGCUUGGGUGCACGUACUUUUAAGAAAAGAUCAGGCCCAGAGAACAAAGACCGCACAAUCUGGACUGACACUCCUGCUGACCGUGAGCGAAAAGUCAGGGAGCGACUAGAGGCUAAGGAAAAGGGUGAAUCUCCCAAGGAUGAUGCUCCUCGCCCCUCUCAGAAAGAACUUGAGAUGGCUGAAAAAGUUUCAAAAUAUAAUGAGUCGAAACGUGGAGAAUCUCUCAUUAGUAUGCACACUAAAAAGAUGAAGAGGAAAGCUGAGGAGGAUGCCAAUAAGCCUGUGGAGAGAAGACCCUUCGACAGAGACGCUGAUCUCCAGGUCAAUCGCUUUGACGAGGCUCAGAAAAAAGUCUUGCUCAAGAAGUCACAGGAACUGAACACUCGCUUUUCACAUAGCAAAGACCGCAUGUUCCUAUAAGGGACAUUAACUAAAGUUAUCUAGUGUUGUCAAGGACAACAUUUUUAAAGGAAAUUGGAAUCAUCCUCACCAUCAUCAAACAUUAUGUACCAUUUUGAAAAGUAUAUGUAAAUGCUGGUCUGACCAUUCCUUUUAUACACUCCUAUCUGUUUUAAGAGAUAUUGCUUUUCUGUAAAUGUGUGACUGUUCUGAAACCUGUUUUUAUUGAUACUUAAUAAUUAAUACUGUGAACUGAAAAAAAACUGCCAUUUACUCACUCUCAUGACUUAAUCAACUCCAUGUCGUUUUUUCUUCUUCCGUGGAACACAAAAUGGAAAUUUUAGGCAGGAUGUCAGUUCACUUCACUUUCACUGUAGGUGAAAAAUGAUGCAAUGAAAGCCAAUGCUGACUAAGGCUAACAUUCUUCCUGACGUAUUUUUGUGUUCCACAAAAGAAAGUCAUAUGUUUAGUGUAGGACAACGUGAGGAUAAAUGAUGGCUCAAUUUUCAUUUUUGGGUGAAUUAGCCGUGACCGACCUGUGUCCAGUGAUACCCUAAGAUUUUGCUUGCAUUAUUCCAAUGAAGUUAAAUAUUGCUACUGACAGUUUUAUGUUAAUGGGUCAUAUAUUGUGUACCAGAGCAUACUUAUCAGUUCACCGAUAGUUUUCAGGAGCAAAAAAAUUUAAGGGAGUCAUAAUUCUUUUCAAAGUAUUGUUCAUGUUCCCUUAUAAUUAGCUUCUGUUAAGCAGAUUCUGAUCAACGUUACCAGUAAAAGUGGGCUGGCUGAAAUGUGGUAUUAAUGCAUGUUUCAUUGUUUGAUAUCUGUUCUUAUGCUUUUGUAACUAAUAUGUUAGGAUCUGAAACUAAAAAAACAUUUUUUUUCACUUGUCAAUAAAUACUUCUCAAAGCAUGUUCACUUUAACCACAUUUAGGGUUGCCACCUUGGCCCUGUGAAAUUCCUGGACACCUGAUCAAUGACCGAAAAACAUUG